AUGUCUUGGUUCAUGGACAUAUGGGAAAGUUCAAAAUAUCAUCAUGACAAUGGUGAUUUAACAGAUUACCAAAGGUCUGAAGAGUCGCUAAAUCAUAUUUCAUAUCCUAGCAGCAACAUCUGGGACUGUCUGCCUGAUAAAAGUGAAGAUGGCUCAAUAUGGCAAAGAGAGGCAGCUAACACAUGUUCUGUGACCAACUUGAUCAAAGACCUCAGUCUUAGUGACCACAAUGGUAACCCAUCAGCACCUCCCAGCAAACGCCAAUGUAGGUCACUCUCUUUUUCUGAUGAAAUGUCUAGCUGCCGAACAUCAUGGAGGCCUUUAGGAUCAAAGGUCUGGACUCCUGUAGAAAAGAGACGGUGUUAUAGUGGGGGAAGUGUCCAGCGCUACUCAAAUGGCAUCACCACCAUGCAACGGAGUUCAAGUUUUAGCCUACCUUCAAGGUCAAAUACUCUUUUCUCAUCAUAUGACCAGUCUGGAGUUAGCAGCAAAUUUGGAUGUCAGCCGUGCCAAGGCCUGAGGAGGUCAACCACCUAUGGACAGGCAGGGGACAUCUUGGGUUAUGAUCACAAUUCUGUAGAUGUUACCCGGAUGGACAUCCAGAGGUCCCUCUCCUGUUCACAUGAUCAGUUUUCCUCCUCGGAAUACUGUGCACCCUCAGCAAACAGCACUCCUGCCUCAACACCAGAGCUGGUGAGACGCUCCAACGGGCUGUCCCGAAGCCGGUCGCAGCCAUGUGUCCUUAAUGACAAGAAGGUAGGAGUAAAACGUCGAAGGCCUGAGGAGAUUCAGGAACAAAGACCUUCAUUGGACCUUGCCAAGAUGACCCAGAAUCGUCAGACCUUUAACAGCCUUAGCUGCCUUAGCACCACAGUGGAUGACUGCGCUCAGCAGACUCAGUUCUGCCCUGGUGUCAACAGCCCCAAGUCAUGGACAAUAUCUCCUUCCUCCCUCGAUGUCAUGCCAGGCAGGACACCAGCCUGCACCCCAGUGCCAGAGCCUCACUCGAACGCAGAAGAAUGUAGAGUUAGCAAAGACGACCUCUCUUGGGAAGAGUCAGACUAUUGUGCCACGGAAGAUGAGAGCAGUAGAAAAGAAGAUGAAAGGGCUUCAUGGAGGAGUAGUGGGACAGGAGGGGAGAAUGUCUUUCAUCUAGAUGGUGAAUUAGAUAUUGAGCAAAUAGAAAACAAUUAAAGGAUAUUGAUUGCAUCAGGGUUUGGGGAUGUGAAUUAAGAACAGUGAGUAGUAAAAUCUCCUAGGUUUAAUACUUGGAUAAUACUGUAGUUAGGCUUGAAAGCAAAUCAAUGUUUUCUUUCUAUCAGCAAUAGGAGACAUAAGCAGCCUUGCCAAAAGUUGAUCAGGUAUCCUGAGCAAAAUCUUUUUUUUUUUAAUCUUGAAAUUCUAUGUAACUACUGUAGUCAGCUAUCAGCUAGUUUGGGUGAAAUCACUCACGAGGCUUUGGAAAGAAACAUUCUAGAGAUCUCCAAACUGCAUUUUCUCCCCUCCAUUUCCAAUUCAACAGCUUUUAGUGAAUUUGAAUCUGCAGUUUUGGAGUAAUUGCAAUUUCUUAGUGAAUAUGUGUGUUCAGAUUUUUGUUUUAAGGACUGGAAAAUAAAGUACUAGUUUUGAUUCAGAAACUAGGUACUGUCUAGUACAGAGAGCCAGACUGAGAGGGGCUUUGCUGUGACUCAGCGGGACCCACAUCAGCCUGGGUUUUCUGGGCAGCAAGCUACAAGGAAUGUUUCAUUUUAUCAGAUUCAAACCCCUCUUCCAACUCCAUGCUGCACCUUAGACACUAGGGCUACGUCUGCAUUGGCAUCAUCUUAUGCAUGAGCUCUUUUGCGGAAGAGUUCUUAUGCAAAAACUCUUCCAGAAGAGAGCGUCUACACUGGCUCUCUUGCGCAAGAAAGCUCUGA